GUUGUUGUCUCUCGGUGUCCAUUUGUUUUAUCAUCUGAACUGCGUGUGUGGGCAAAAUUAAUUGAUUGAAAUUCUCUAUAUUAGUCGGUUAUGGCGAUUAUAUGAUGCGACAUUUUCUUUUUCCGAAGAUUUAAUCGGAUAGUUGAAUUCUGGAUUCUAUUUCAUGUACAUUGGGUCUACUGAAGCGGUGAUUUUCUUAGGGUGGCAAAGAAAUGGGGUUGUCUUUCACCAAGCUUUUCAGUCGCUUAUUUGCUAAGAAAGAAAUGCGAAUUCUUAUGGUCGGUCUUGAUGCUGCUGGUAAAACUACCAUAUUAUACAAGCUCAAGCUGGGAGAAAUAGUGACAACCAUUCCUACAAUUGGAUUCAACGUGGAAACAGUGGAAUACAAGAACAUAAGCUUCACCGUCUGGGAUGUUGGGGGUCAGGACAAGAUCCGACCACUGUGGAGGCAUUACUUCCAGAACACCCAAGGUCUGAUUUUUGUGGUGGAUAGUAAUGACCGAGAUCGUGUUGUUGAGGCCAGAGAUGAGCUUCAUAGGAUGUUGAAUGAGGAUGAACUGAGGGAUGCAGUACUCCUUGUUUUUGCAAACAAGCAAGACCUUCCAAAUGCCAUGAAUGCUGCCGAGAUCACCGACAAGCUUGGCCUCCAUUCUCUCCGACAACGUCACUGGUAUAUCCAGAGCACAUGUGCUACCUCAGGAGAAGGGCUAUACGAGGGUCUCGACUGGUUGUCCAACAACAUUGCCAAUAAGGCCUAAUGAAGAAGAAAUAAAAAAGCAUUCUGGGAUCAAAGAAGAGGUGAUUAAUGACACAACCUGUGCUGUUAGAUUUCUGGGCCACUCCUCUCCCCACCCACUAUAGCUGCUUGUCGAUAAUACAUACAUAUAUAUAUAUAUAUUUGCAUACAUACAUAUACAUACCUCCUUACUGCUUAGUUUCAUUUCUACAGUGAUUUGACGAUCAAUCUCUCCCCUUUGUGUAAGGAUUUCAUGUGACGUUACUUAUGGUUUGUUGAUGUAUUGUAUGAUUUGUUACAUCUUUUAUAAUAACACCCUCACUCUGAGGAGCCAUAUUUUCAA